UCACGUAUUCCUGACAUGAUAGCAAUUCAGAAUACAGAGAGAUACAAAAUAUUGUGUUCUUUUUUUAUGAAGGGAACUACAGGAUUUGAAGCACAAAUUGACAAGUGCUUGGAACUUGCAGAAUAUCUAUAUAAUAAAAUAAAGAACAGAGAAGGCUAUGAAAUGGUGUUUGAUGGAAAGCCUCAGCACACAAAUGUCUGCUUCUGGUACGUACCUCCCAGUUUGCGCAGCAUGGAGGACAACGAAGAAAGAAUGAACUGCCUUCUAAAGGUGGCCCCAGUGAUAAAAGCCAGAAUGAUGGAAUAUGGAACUACUAUGGUCAGCUAUCAACCACUGGGAGACAAAGUGAACUUCUUCCGUAUGGUCAUCUCAAACCCAGCAGCUUCUCAUCAAGACAUUGAUUUCCUGAUUGAGGAAAUAGAACGUCUGGGACAAGAUUUAUAAUAAUCUGGUCUGCCAGUCUGGUCCAGAACCUCUAGGUAGACAAUUAAGUUGUCACAAACUGUGCGAAUGUAUUUGUAGUUUGUUCCAAAGUAAAUCUAUUUCUAUAUUGUGGCGUCAACGUAGAGUACAGUUUAAAAUCAAGAAACAUGCUCCUUUUAAAAUCCUCUCUUGAGUUUUAGAAUACCUCUUUAAUAAUUAGAUACACAAAAGGCUGCAUUCAAACAAAUAAGAAAUAACAGAAGAUACUUGCAAUUUCCCCCCAAAUUUUAAUACAGUUAGUAAAUAAUGUUUUAGGUUAAAAGUAAUCAGAUUGAGUGGUGCCAAAUUUGCCCCAAAUGGUGACAAAAUCAAAUGGGGGUGGGGGGCAGUAAGAUAUAUAAAGUAAAGGAACUGUAUGUUUAAAAGUGAAAAUAUUUUGCCUUUUUCUUAGAUUUAGAACAGAAUUUCUAAUUUACCUAUAGCAACAUUUCAAAUGUAUUUAAAUACAUAUAAUUUUAAAAAAGGAAUAUAUAUAUAUUAAAAUAUCCUAUUUUGUAAACUAUAGAUUUUUAUUUUAUAUGGGUUAUAAAAAUGCAGGGGCAGAAACUGAAAACUAAACAAGAUUUUUUUUCUUUUAAUAGAGGUGCAUCAAAUAUCUACAAAGAUUAUUUUGAACCAUAAGCCCACAUAAAUUCUUUAAAAGGUUCAAUGCCUCAUUUCUAUAUGUCACAUGGAUUGUACAUCUCUAGAGUUAAGUAUUGCAAAACCUCACAAGUACUGCAGCUCUUAAAAACUCUUAAUAAGAACUACUACAUACAACAAUAGGAUGCUAUUAUUCCUAAAUAUAUUUCCUAUGUGGCCUAACCUAAGCAAAUGGACAAUCAAUAUACAGUCCUAACCAAGACUGAACUAAGGUUAUAUUUGUGUGGUUUCUUUGUUCUACUUUUAAACAGCCUAUCAAAAAGGGCCACACUUUACACUAAAUACUUGUGUCAUAAGCAUCUUUGCAAACAGUAAUUUAUUCAUUAGAGAUAAAAAUAAAUUGAAAACUAGGAUUGACUAGAAUUCGCUAAGACCCAGAUCCUACUACAUCUCACAGGAGCAAUGCUAAUUGGAUGAAUAAGGACUUUUGUAUAUGUAAAGGUCUCAGAAUAGGGUCCUAAGUCAGAUGCUCAUGUCAUGGUGGAACCUGAGUUUUCCACAUGACAACAGUUUUUCUAAACAUCCCCAUUCCCAGCACUGGGAUAGAGCUGCUGGAAACUCAGAAUUUCAGUUUCACGGGAACGUUCAAAAAUGUUUGUUCUAAUUCAGAACAACAACAAUGUUUGCAAUUUCCCACAAAAUGGAAAUUCUGAAAAUUUUCAUUCUCAACUUUUUUUUCAUUUGCCUGAAAUUUUGUAGAACUCAAUACAACUUUGUGAAAAAUUUCAGUUUAGUCAAAACACUUUUUUCAAAAAGUGUUUUGAUUAAAUCUACUAACCAGCUCUACAUUGAGUUUGUCUGAUUGAAAUUGCUAUUAGAAUGCUUUGAGAUAUGCCUAGAUACUCAUAGCACAGUCAUUGUAGAGUCAUCCAGACCCAUUUAGAAAUCAUGGGUGCAAAAUCCUGCAUAACUGAUAUGUUGAGUCAUUCUUCAACACUAGGGGAGGCAUGGAAGUGGAAACUGAGCUUCAACCUCCUCUUCCUCAAAAUCUGGAAGAGCUUGGAUCAGGACUUAAUGGCUCAGACUUGUUUCUAUUUAUAACCCUAGUUAAGUUUUGGUUGUAGCUUUGACUGGAAUCUACAUGGCCACUUUCAUUUGUAAAGCAAGAUUGCUUUACUCGCUCUAAAAUACUUGAAGAAAACUAGUGCAGAGUGGUUUAAUUUGACCUAAAAUACAUAAAUGGGGUAUUGAUUCGGUGUAAUGUCAUGAGGAUGUGACAUGAGAAGAGGAAAUAAAUUGUGUCUGUAGUUGUGUUGCCUUUAUUAUAUUGAUAGUACUGUUUGUCACCUCAGAUUGAGGCCGUGCAUUUUAGAUUUAAACUGUACAGUGUUGCAAAUCAACAUGUGUUACUGAAUAAGCUUGUACAAUAUAUUAUUGAUAUGUCUUUCUUUGUGUGGUAGUACUAUUGACUCUUGGUAUUGUAAGAGCUGCAUUCACACACAAGUCCCUAUACUAUAUCUUUGCUCAGUACUAUCCUCUCCUGAUCAGCUUGAGAGAAGAACAUUCCCCUCACCCCAGUAGUGACCCACUACGACCUACAAUGCAUAAUGUUUCAAUUAAAGCUUUAGAGCAGAUACCAAUUCUGCCAAUGAGGACUAAAGCAACCUUAUCCAAACAGGUCACAAAAUUACCAACUGUAGUCACUGAAACACUGAGCAGCCGAACAAAUUCUGUUCUUGUUUGUAGCAGAGAAAAUGGGGACGAAGAACUAAGUGUAAAAAAUAGUACAGGGACAAUGGUGAAGGUGAGCAGUAGCCUGGUUACAUCUUGCAUGUGCAAUUCUGUUUUCAAAUGCUAAGUACAAACACUGUAUUUAUUAGUUCUAUGUGCCAAUCCAAGAUAUACAUUCAGUGUUUCAUGAGGACACCAGCAUUUUUCCAUGUUACUGCCAGAAAGAACUACAUGGCAACCUCUUCUUCUUGUGUUUGACCAAAGUAUUUUCUCUGUGUUGUUGAUCUAAACCCAAAUAAAAGUGUAAAAUGUG